AUGGCGGCCUCCGUAAGAAGUUUUAUGAUGCAAAAGGUUAUCCUUGGAAAGUCUUUGAUAAAUCAAAGUUAUGUCAUUGUGCGGAACAUUUCAUCUCACCAGCUCUUUAUUGAUAAGUUUGGUGAUCCUCGAUUAGUUCUGAGAAGUCAACAUGUUGAGCUUUCGCCUCUGAAACCAAAGCAGGUGCUUGUCAAGAUGAUGAUGGCCCCCAUAAACCCUUCAGACAUUAACAUGAUUGAAGGGACGUAUUUCGUACAGCCGUCUUUGCCAUCGGUCAUGGGCAAUGAAGGCGUUGGCAGAAUCGUUGAAGUUGGCUCGGAUGUUAAAGGUUUAAAUUCCGGGGAUUGGGUUAUUCCCGAAGAUACGGCUUGGGGCACAUGGCAGACAUACAAGGUGACCAGUGAUGAAAGUGUAAUCAAGAUACCAAAUGAUAUUUCCGUAGUAUCUGCAGCUACGCUUUCUGUAAAUCCGUGUAGUGCUUAUAGAAUGCUAAAAGACUACGUUAAUCUACAAGCUGGCGAUGUCAUUAUACAGAACGGUUCCAACAGCGGGGUCGGCAUCAGUGUCAUUCAACUUGCAAAAGAGUGGAACAUAACAACGGUGAAUGUGGUGAGGGAAAGACCAGACCUUGACUCACUAAAACAGUCAUUGCAGAAUUUGGUGCCGAAUUUUGUUGUUACUGAAGAAUUUUUGCGAACUCCACAAAUGAAAGACCUCCUGAAGUCUUUGCCAGCUAGACCUAAGUUAGCACUUAAUUGUGUUGGAGGCAGUUCUGCAACGGAAUUGUUUCGUCACCUAGAUCAAGGUGGUGUUAUGGUAACUUACGGAGGUAUGUCGAAACGGCCAGUGACAGUUCCAACAGGAGCACUUAUCUUCAAGGAAAUUAAGCUGUUUGGGUACUGGAAUACUAGUUGGAACAGAAAGCAUAAGCAUGAUUUGUGUCGAUUUGAAAUGCUUUCAGAUAUUUGCCGGCUUAUCAAGGCUAGUAAAUUUGUUUCUCCUCAAUGUGAAUUCUUCACUCUGGAUAACUAUAAAGCUGCAAUUGAAAGAGCCACUGAUGGGUACAGAAGUGGCAAAAUUGUGUUUCAGAUAGACUGA